AUGGAGCUAAUCCGACCACGACCGCUUUUAUAUUGGAGGCUCGUACCUUACUCCACGAUCUCACCCUCAUACUACGAGUUUGCCUUAGGUUGGGGGCCUGGGCCAUCCAUGUCUCCUAAUUGGACAGAGCGAGGUACGGAGUCGGAGCGGAGACUCAUGUUCGGUGAUUUGACGACCAUCCGUCGUUGCGGCGGUGUUUGGAAGUUGUACACCUGUACUUCCAAAAUAAUGCCUUCUUACUGGAAAACCUCAUAUAGCAUCAGGCCGCUAUGGUCAGACUCGGAUACCCCGUUUGCUACAUGGUCGUCCGCAUAUCGCACCUGCCCAAGCAUUCCAUCAUCAGAAAAUGUCUUUUCAUAUACUCUACGGGCUUUCCAGCCUUCUGGCCUAAUCCGACCGGACUCCGGACGACUGUCCAACGGUAAGCUAGGUAUUGAGAAUCAAGAGGACGGGGUUUCACCUUUGAUUGAGUUUGCGGCUAGAUGGCGGAGUCGAGGCGGAGUCAAGCUGAAGGAGGGCUUUCCUUCACCUUUCAAGGCUGAUACCCCUUUCCUAAAAGUGAAGAUCAUUUUUGAAGGUAUCAUGUCUUGCAGGAGGCGGUUGGGUUCGAUAGAAGCCGCAAGAGGCCGUAAUUUGUUUGAAGUCAUACGGACUAGCUCUCAAAAGAAACUUCAUCGCGGCGUGGAUUCGAAGCAAAUAAUAGAGACUUCCACUGGGGCAAUGGAGCAAGAUUGGGUGUUUGAAGGGCGUGGUACUCCCUGUAGGAUUCGCCUUUGGUCCAACAUCCGUGGAAACCAACUUCAACCCCUGAUCCGUAGUCAUAAGUCUAGCCCUCAUAUCAUCAGUUACCUUCUCCUACCUCUUCUCCCGGUUCGAUGCUCAAAUGUUAUCGCCGAGGAUUUAAAUUCAGGAGCAGAUGGUACCACUAUCAGCCUUCCAGUUCCUCCUCAAUGCGGCUUGAUCAACCCCAGCAUGAACAAUUUUCCAAAAGAAAAUAAGUUCUCUGCGGCCAGCGUAUGCAAUUACCUCAGUCAGGGGGGGCUGAAAUUCUGCUUCCCAUUUCGGCGAAUAGAUGUUGCUGGGGAAUUGCUGAUUGUCGUUACUGGAUCCGGCAUUCCAGAGACCCAGAAAGGACUCUGGCCCUUGACCAUCGGAUAUUCAUAUCCGCCGCCGACAAAGACGGAUUCCCUCAUGAGGAGCUCAGAAAGAUAUAAAACAGUAUGGUUUCGACAGCGACGUAACCCUCAUCAGUGCAUUUUGCCAUAUCUCGCCCGAUUCAUCGAUUGGCGAUUUCAAGCAUGGCGCGUUCAUGUCAUCACCACCGGGUUUCUAAUAAUUUGGAUCUCCCAUGUUCCGUUUCGAAAACGUGCCAGUAGCCUAAAGCUCUCAGUAAGCGCUUUUGGUGCUGGUUAUCUAGGUUUAUCUAAGCCGCAAAUAUCGGCUGGGAUUAAGGAUCUUCGCACGGGUAGAUUUGAAGAUAAUGCGAACACUUUUCGACCUGAACUAUCCUUGACGACUUCUAGGAGCUUCCCAGCAGAGGCAUUGGUGGUGAAGCUCUUGGCGCAGUUCUCCGGGUCAUCCCACCCCCCUGGUCAACUUGGUGUAAAGCAGCUUUCGUUUAGGUCCAGACCGACGGAAUUUUCGUAUAGUAGUGCAAUAUUUACAUAUUCAAAGGAUAUUGAGCUGUUGUUAGUUCGAUUACCAGGGACAUAUAUCCGCUUUAAAUGA